CUUUCUUCUUCAGCAUUGUCAUGCUCGUGGCAUACUAUCAAACAACGAGUACAACAACAUCAAAGACAUUAACACACGAUCAAAGCAGAGACGACAGCAAAGCGGAGAUCGCACAUGGAAAACGAUGCACUGAAGGAGCAGCGCUGUGUAAUCAAUUCCAGGAUGGUGAGGGAGAGUGAGAUGAUGAAGGUGGCCGGCUGCAUUGGGAACAACUGGAGACAGGUUGGCAUAAUGGCACUCGAUAUGAACACAACGACUCUUGAGCAGAUAGAGGAGGACAACAAACUACACAAAGAGCGGGUUUUCGCCAUGCUGCGGAGAUGGAGCAUGCGCGAGAGGGAAAAAGCCACACCGGCUCGUCUCUAUUUUCUUCUAACACAAGAAGAAGAGAACGGCAUCAACUCAGAAAAUCUCAACUUCCUGAUGGAAAACAACUGACUUGAUUUAUGUAGCACUUUGAAAAACAAACCACUAGAGGGAGACAUAACUGCUAGUCAGUUAUUUUUGUGUGUGUUUUGUUUUGUUAGUCCGCUUCAGGCUUGAAUUGAUUGGGAAACGUCCAAGCGCACUAAGCUAUUAUGCGGGUAUUUGACUUCUUGUUUUUUUCUAAAAUCCGACCCCAUUGUUUGUAGAUUUGUGAAAAUAUGCUUAGAUAUUUAGCUUUUUUUUUCUUUUUAAAAGGAGCAGGACUGAGUAAACAGUGGGAAGUUUUAUUUCAAUAUAUUUUUUAUGGCAUUAUUACAUGUUAAGCUUAUUUCCAUGCAAAACAUAGCACUUCAGUGUAUACGUGCAGCUUUAAAUAUAAUAAUCCUAAUAAUUUCAGGUUAUACCGUAGCAUUCCAUCAUGAUACAUUCUUUAAAAAAAUAAUAAUGCAUUUGCUUUAAGUAAAUGAAUGUGAAAGCUUUUAUCUUAAGUCUUAAAAACUUGAACCGAUUCCAUGAACAGAUAAGGACGACUGGUGUUUAUGACAGAAGUUUUAGGUCCCAAUAGAGACCGCUAUCUGGCAACAUAACGACAACCUUCGCUCUCUCGGCAAGUAUCACGUUGUUUCACCCUGAUGCAUUUUCACCCUGGGUUUUCACCCUUGUUCACCCUUGUUCACCCUUGUUUUGCAUGCCAAGCAGGUGAUAGGAUGGGAGGCGGAGCUUUGUACUAUUCCACUGCGAGUUCUUAAACAGCAUCUAGUCUUGUCUGACUUCAUGGAAUCUUUUACUGUUGGAAGCAUAAUUUUUUUUAUUAUUUAAUUGAUUGCAAUUUAAUGCGAGAGCAGAGAUUUCAAAUGUAUGGUCAUGAUUAUAUUAAUUGGACUCUUUUGUUAAAUUCUCCUUGUACUUUAUUUGUUUUUGUACUUUAUUUUUGUCAUUAAUCAUGCUUCUGGUGAUGGUUUUUUCUUUUUUUGUACGAAACUAAAGAGAAUUAAAUGAUUGUCAUUGAGAUGUGAAA